AACAUGAAUAAAAGUCCGAUACGAUCAGCGCCGGUAGUGAGUCUUCUGUCGCCGUCGCCGCUGGCUUCACGGAGGGCGCGGGCGUGGUUCCAAAAGUACACUAGUUUUGAACCGACGCCGGUAUCUGACUCUGACUGUGGCGAUGACCGUCUCGACCGAACUUUUCGCAGUACGUUCCUUCCGAGCAUAUCGUGGGAUUCAUGCGAGAUGAAAUGCGCUUCUUCGGGAGUUCAAUUACAUCUUUUGUCGAUCCAAUCAUCCAAGACAGAUACGGACGGAUAUCAUGAAUUGCUGGCUUUGGAACAUCACGCCGACAGUAUACAGGAUACUCGUGAUAGGAUUGCGGAGUGCUUUCAAGAGGCUGGUUUGUAUAUAAACAUGCGGUAUGCCUUAGGUCGUCCUAUCCGAUCAGAGCAUUUGCUAGGAAAGUCUGGUCUUCCGAUUGUGGAUUGGUCGAGCCCGAGCUCUGUCUUGAAAGAUUCAUCCAAUAUGAUUCCUGCUCUUGGGUCGCUUAAAGAAAUUGUUAUUCCAGCAGACAAUAAGGCGACCUAUCCCGAUGGCAAAUCGCUCCUUGGAAAGUUCGCAGCAUGUGACAUGCGUCAAAGUGCGACUGGUCUAUAUGUCCUGGGUCCGUCGCUUUGCUUGAGACCUUUGCCAACAGCUUCCGAAGAUCGACAUAUGAGUGCCCCUUCUCUUAUUUUCCAUGUUGACCAUAUCGAAUCUUACUCCGAGUCGAAGGCGUAUGGCUCUGCCAAAAUCGGCUAUAAUGGUUAUGGUAAGGGACAAGUCAUGGUGCGUCAUCCUGAUGUGAUUGGUUUGGACAUACGAUUUUGUGAGAACAAGAAACGUAGCAGCAUGUUUGCGGAGGCGCAGGAAUCUUUGUUGGCCGGUUCCUUAGAGCAGUUGCAGUCCAAGCAUGUGCUGGAUGGCGCCAAGGGAGAGCUCGAUCCCAAAAUGAAUCAAGUAGACUGCUGGGUAGAAUUCCGUGCAAACAUUGCCAACCCAGCAGGCUUCCUGUCCAAUCCUCGUAGACUAAAGGUUGCCAAAGCACCAAAUAUUCCUUUUGAAUAG